UGGCGGCGUUUGACGGUGAGAUGUCUCACAGGAAGUUCUCUGCUCCCAGACAUGGGUCUCUGGGCUUCUUGCCUCGGAAGCGCAGCAGCAGGCAUCGUGGGAAGGUGAAGAGCUUCCCCAAGGAUGACGCUUCGAAGCCGGUCCACCUCACAGCCUUCCUUGGCUAUAAGGCUGGCAUGACCCACAUCGUGCGGGAAGUUGAUAGGCCAGGAUCUAAGGUAAACAAGAAGGAGGUUGUGGAAGCUGUGACCAUUGUGGAGACACCACCCAUGGUGGUGGUAGGCAUUGUGGGCUACGUGGAAACUCCUCGAGGCCUCCGGACCUUCAAGACCAUCUUUGCUGAGCAUAUCAGUGAUGAGUGCAAAAGGCGCUUCUACAAGAACUGGCAUAAAUCUAAGAAGAAGGCCUUCACCAAAUACUGCAAGAAAUGGCAGGAUGAAGAUGGCAAGAAGCAGCUGGAGAAGGACUUUAGCAGCAUGAAGAAGUACUGCCAGGUCAUCCGCAUCAUUGCCCACACCCAGAUGCGCCUGCUUCCUCUACGCCAGAAGAAGGCCCACCUGAUGGAGAUCCAGGUGAAUGGAGGCACUGUGGCCGAGAAACUGGACUGGGCCCGGGAGAGGCUAGAGCAGCAGGUCCCUGUGAACCAAGUGUUUGGGCAGGAUGAGAUGAUCGACGUCAUCGGGGUGACCAAGGGCAAAGGCUACAAAGGGGUCACCAGUCGCUGGCACACCAAGAAGCUGCCCCGCAAGACCCACCGAGGGCUGCGCAAGGUUGCCUGUAUUGGAGCAUGGCAUCCUGCCCGUGUGGCCUUCUCUGUGGCACGGGCUGGGCAGAAAGGCUACCAUCACCGCACUGAGAUCAACAAGAAGAUCUACAAGAUUGGCCAGGGCUACCUUAUAAAGGACGGCAAACUAAUCAAGAACAACGCCUCCACCGACUAUGACCUGUCUGACAAGAGCAUCAACCCUCUGGGUGGCUUUGUUCACUAUGGUGAAGUGACCAAUGACUUUGUCAUGCUGAAAGGCUGUGUGGUGGGAACCAAGAAGCGAGUGCUCACCCUCCGCAAGUCCUUGCUGGUGCAGACCAAACGGCGGGCUCUGGAGAAGAUCGACCUGAAGUUCAUCGACACCACCUCCAAGUUUGGACAUGGCCGCUUCCAGACUGUGGAGGAGAAGAAAGCGUUCAUGGGACCACUUAAGAAAGACCGAAUUGCAAAGGAAGAAGGAGCUUGAUGUCAGGAACAGAUCAUACAGCUGGUGGGAUCUCAAUAAAAGUAAUUUUACAGUGA